AUGACUGCUCGGGAUAUCACUGGGGAAUUUGUUAACGCUGCGUCUAAACUGAAACAAGGCGAGCUUGUCAAGGAUGAGGAGUUUGCACUUUUUGAAGCCGUGGGGGCUUUGGAGAUCAUGGACUCCAAGAUGGACAGCGGAUACCUAGGCCCCGGUGAAAGCCACUUUGAAGCGCUCGAAUAUGACUACGAUGUGAUGCGCGAGUUGCAGCCGGAGGAAGUGCUUGGCCUUAUGGAUCAACUGUUAUGCUACGAGAUGGCAUGGCACAUGGGACACCCUCUUUCGCAAACGCUUUUUACCUCGAUAUACCUCGACAAGCUUCUUUGGCCGGUUCCAAAGUCGUUCGACGAAUAUAAUUUUCACCGUGGAGACGCCGAGGCGCGACUGGAGAAUGAGCGAAAGUUGCCCUUAGUGCAUCUUGUUCUCAGAGCAUAUUGUUUAGGCUUGGUCAAGGCUUGUGACUUGGUGAACAAGCGGAUUACGCAUGAAUACUUUUAUGAGGUUGGCUCGAAUGUAUUCGUAUCAACAAGAAAUGGUGUGUCUGAUGCUGCUCAGGAAGAAGAUUUUGUUCCGCAACUUUACAACCGAAGCCUUCUGAGUGAAUACGACAUUGGCCCCGUGAAGAAAGUACUCGAUGCCGCCGUUGAAUAUCUCGAGAAGCAUGGAGAUGGGAUAGAUGACAAUGUGAAGCGUGCAUUAAUCGACAGGCUUUGGUUAAGAAAUCAUUUCCUGGAGGCCUUGAAUAAAGACGUCGAUGCAGUAAUAUCUAGAGACAGGGAGUCUUUUAUAUCUUGUCAGGCGCUUGUUUCUCCAAUCGAAAGUUCUGUGGCUUAUGGGAAUCCCAACUUGGACGCAUUCACCUUGAAAAUCCAGCGAAAGCUAGCUAGCACGAUACCACCUCGACCUAUGGUCACAAUCAGUGCUAAGACUGCGCUUGGCUUUCUGAAACGGUUAUUCCAGGAUGCUAUUGACAUGCACGAAAUACUUGAUUAUACCAAUCCAAAUGACUUGAGGGUUUGCAUUUGGACGAUAGCGUCGAGGAAGCCACAACCCGGAAUUUAUAUACGAUGUCUCAUGCAAGCAUUCAUUGUCAAUGAGAUGAAGAUUUUGGGCUCUCAAUCUGUCAAAAGAUUAUUCUACGAUGAUCUCAAAGACCUUGUGUUACCCUCGAGCACUUUGCUUCGUGCCGAAAAUGAAGAGAUCGAGGUGCCCAGCGAUCCUCGCUUCCAGAUACAUAGGAGUAUGGAGACCUUUGUGACCCGCGUUGCUCAUCCAUUUGUCGACACAUUCCGUACAUGUUGUUUGAAUCGGUCUCGAGUCCGUCGUGCCUUGUGCCACUGUAUUGUGGAGUGGGAUAACCUUCAGAUUGAGGCUGAGGAACUCGACACACAGCUUCAGAGUUUGACCGGCGAAAUACCGUUAUCGUUGGAAAAUGGCCAGUCAACAUACGCUUAUCCCUUGGGUAGCUGGGUCUACCACGAAAAGUUGAAUCAAAUGCAGCUUGUGUUUCAAAUGGGAUUUGAAUUAUCGAUCUACGCUCCCGAGGAGCUUGGCGGAAUAUAUUGGUACUUGGCUCAUCUGUGCUCCAGCCACCAACUACAUAUUGAACGAAUACAGGCAUUUGUCCAUGCAGAGAGCAGGAGAAGCAAGCGCUCUAAAGCCAGUGAGAACUCAUUUGAACGGACACUCACGAUUCUGAAUCGACAUAGCUUAUGGCUCAUCGCAACGGAGACCUUUGCAUUUGGUCUCCAAGCUCUCUACGUAUUUCUCGACCGCCACGCAGUGUUACCUCAUGCAGCUUCGAGAACAGCAUAUUCGAGCGCCCGACUUCGGUACGAACUCCGAAUGAAACCUUUCCUCCCCAUCAGUCUUCCUGAAUUAGUUUCCUACGAUCAAUAUGAGGAAAAUGCAACCUUAAAAGGGCAAUCUGAUGGUGACUUGCUCAAAAGAGCCAGCAAAUCAAUUACCGAUGCACGCAAGGCAUGGGAAGCAGUGCUUGCGCAGGGAGCAUUUGCCACGACGCAGCAAAAUGGUAGUGAGACUGUGCGCAGACCAGCUAUUGAGGCUGACUGGCAACGCAAUACAAAGGAUUCACUUCGAGCAUGUAUCGGGGCCAGCAUUGCAAUCCAAAUAGCCACAAAGAUUUUCAAAACUAGAGCUUCGUCUACUCCGAUAAAUAGCAAGACGUCUGCAUCCUUGCCGAUCAAAGUCGAAAUUCCAGACGUCGGAUCACCAAGCCGCUGGCACGACUGGUGGGUAGUGCCGCGCAUUUCUGAGGUCGGAUCUUAA